GAUCAUAUUACAACUCUUAUUUUCGAUGAUAUAUUGGGGGUGCCAUCAUAAAGAAGGAUACACAUGUAAACUAACCGUUUGAUCAAAUUCUAUUUAUAGUAUUGGGGUUUCCCAGCACGCCAUGAAACGGACGAGGACGCGACGUGUGCGAUAGCAAUAUUUUAUUAAGGUAGAGAAUGUGAGAAAAUGUCUGUUGGUCAAGUUCAACAAGAGUGCUGUGACCUUUAGAAGUUCUGGGUUUAUUUCUACAGUGCAUUAAAGAUGAGUGGCAAAAUUGUCUUCACAACAGAUGAUUAUGCAGACAGUGAAGAUGAAGAUUUCGAUGAUGUGGAGGAAUAUGAUGAUGAUAUGGAGACAUUUUCGUCAACCCCAGCAACAACUGCACCACCUGCAGCCACCGUGACAACCCCAGAAGCCAGCACAUUUGUGCAACCAACUGUGACUCCUACGGUUCAGCCAGCUGCUGCUUCAGCAUCCGUGGAGGAAGAUAACACCACUCAGAACCUGCAGACAGUAGGCAAUGUAGAACAGCAUGAUAUACAAAUGCAGACCUCAGAAGCAGCAGACGACGAUGAUGUCAUUUUCGUCAGUGGCCCAAGCCCUCCUCGACGAAGGCAGACUGCAACAGAGAUUGUCCCAAACCCUCCUCCACAAAGACAGACUGCACCCGAAUAUGUCCCCCUUCACAGAGCACCAGUGGUGCUGGAAUCUAAAAUUUAUCUCACUCAGGAACAAGUGAAUAUGUGGUACGAUUUUUUCAACGUCACUUUAGUAAACAGUGAGGACUUGUUUGUGGAGAGUAGCGCGUAUUACACAGCCAGAAGGAGGCUGUGGAAUGCAGGCUGGGUCACCAUUACAGGUUUCCCUGGUGAUGGGAAGCGAUCCCUGGCGGACCAUCUGUGUGUUAAGUUUGCCAAGAAACCGGAGAAACUUGUACCAAUACCGGAGCUGCGAGACCGGAACCUGUGGGAGAAGGUGGCCCUGAACGAGGAAGGCCGGGAGCAAUAUACUGUGGUGACUGUCAACUCUUAUCAGGAGUGGCAACGCAAAGUGGACACCUCCAAAAAGCAGUGUGUACUGAUUGAUAAAAUAUUCGGUCCUGCAACUUACACGUCUUCAAAAAUUGAAGAGUGGAUAAACCAUCUUGAUGAAAUUCACAAGACUGCUAUACAAAACAGACCUAAUACUUUGGUGAUUAUCACUUUCCAAAAGCACCAGCUGGAGAAGAUGCACCCAAGGGUAACGCUAUGUCCGCUCUUUCUUUCAAAACACGUGAUAGAUCUUUCACACGACAAUUACAGGGCUAGUAAAUAUGAUAAGAUGAAGGUUCUAGAGGCUUGCUGUGGGGGAGAGCAUGGGUUGUCGUUUAACGAACAGGAUGAAAUUGGAAAAAGUAAAGAUAACUCCUUUGCUUAUCAUAGCCGUUUAUACGCGGGAGUCAAAAGCUUCCAUAUGGAGGGUCAACUAUAUUUCAAAAACCCUGAAAAAUCCAUUGAAACUGUACUCGAGAAAGUGCAUAGUUUUGAUAAAAUCGUUUAUUAUUGUCUUGCUUGUGUGGGAUUGUUGGACGGAAAGAUCGAACUUGAUAGGGAAAGUUUUGAAGAAUAUACAGAAUUUCAACAGAAUAUUUUUAGGCAGUUGAAGAUUGCUCUACAGGUGCCAGAUGAUGUGAAUUUAGAGAAGAUGCGAUAUGCCUGUUUCCUUCUGUCGGGGGUGUUUCUGGAACCAGUCCAGCUGUACCAGUGGAAGUUCUGCCAUGAAAGAAUGUUUUUCUUUGUGACUGAUUCAGUAUUUAGAAAAAUUCCGCAAAAAGUUAUGGAAAUUUGUAGCCUAGAUUUCUUGAAUGAACGCAUAAGAACUUCAAGCUACUUCACAAUUACAAUGGAAUCAAAUUUGAGUGUUUGGAAUAGGGACUAUGGUAGUCUGAGCCAAAGACUUGUAUUUGAAAUCCUCAGAGGUAAUGUUAGACUUAUAGCAUCACACCAAAGUCUGUGUGAUGUGCGAUUUGGAGAAGCAUUUGUAAGAUUCAUGGCGGAAAUGGGAUCCUUACAACCCGUAGUUCUUCAAAGGGGGGACUAUAACCGAUCAUUCUUUUUCUGGCUGUGCUACUAUGGACAAGAUCAAACCAUCAAACAUUUGAUAAAACAUGAAUAUUUUAAGGAUAUUAAAGAACAGGAGUGGUUCAAAGAAGAACUCGAUAUCAGCCUGUUUGCAGCUUGUCAUGGGAAUGGAAUGAAUUAUGGUAGGAUUGUGAAAAUGUUGCUAGAUGAUGGAGCUUCAAUUAGUGCUACUGAUCCAUUACCUGAUGAGGAUUUUCUUCUCCUAUAUGGACAGGAAAUAUUUGAUUUGGCAAGGAAAUUCAAGGCACCACUGGUUCAUAUAGCGGCAGUGUACGGGUCACAUGAUACUUUACAAGCUUUGGUUGAAAAGGGAGCAGACGUCAAACAGACGACCGAAGAUGGAUUUACCGUAUAUCACCUAGCUGCCAGGAAUCCAGAUGAUGGGGCACUUAGAGGACUCCUGAAAUCCAAACCAGACAUUAACACAUUAAAGAGUGUGACUGGAAGCUUGCCAAUUCACGAAGCCAUUAGAUGCGGUGGAGAUAGUGCCACGCGUCAGCUUCACUGGAGCGGUAGUGAAAUCAAAGACAAUUACAAGAUGAAUGAUGGUAGGUCUAUGCUGGCAGCAGCAACUGGAGUGGGUGUAGAAGGCAUUGUAAGAACUAUAACCAAUGCUAUGCCGAAGUCGAGGUUGGAGGGAUGCCGAGAUAACUGGCCACCUCUGCAUACUGCCUGUGCGUUGGGAAAUUUCAAUCUUGUAAAGUCUUUACUGGAAAAAGAUGCUUCAAUAAAUGAAAAGGGACUUGGUGGAUGGACUGCUCUUCAUUUUGCAGUACUUUUUAAUCGUUCAGGAACAGUAGAGCAGCUGUUAAAGAACGGGGCAGAUGUUAAUUGUCAAGCUGCAGACAAGAAAACUCCUCUACAUAUCGCAGCAGAGAAUGGUUAUUGGCACAUAGUGGACUUGCUUCUAGACAAACAGGCAAAACCGGAAAACACAACGAAAGAGGGCAAUUUUGCUAUAACAUUAGCAGCGCUGAACAGGGAUGAGGAGAUCGUUCAUAUGUUAAUGCAGGAAGGCAUAGAACUGGAAUUUCCCAAAGAGCGCGAGGAAGAUCCUUAUGAAAGAGAGCGCAUGAUGAUGAUGAUAAUGAGGGCAAGGGAGCGCGACCGAGAACGGAUGAUGGCAUUGCGGAGUAUGAAAGAUAAAGCAAAAGACACCAAGGAAUCGAAAAAAUAGAUGUCGGGCUAAAGAAACUGGAAUCUAGCUGAAAUCAAAAGAUUGUGUGUUAAAGACUGUCAGUCGACCCGAAAUUUCGAAGUUUGAUGUGGAAAAUAGAUGUAAGGUGUGAAAUAAAGUCAAAUCUAUGUGAAAAUGAAAACAUCGAGGGACUAAGAGAGCAGAGUGAAAUGGAUAUGUGUAGAGUGGGUAGGGACAUACCUUGGUAUGUGUAGAGUGGGUAGGGGCAUACCUUGGUACGUGUAGAGUGGGUAGGGACGUACCUUGGUACGUAUAGAGUGGGUAGGGACGUACCUUGGUAUGUGUAGAGUGAGUGGGGACGUACCUUGGUACGUGUAGAGUGGGUAGGGACGUACCUUGGUACGUGUAGAGUGGGUAGGGACGUACCUUGGUAUGUGUAGAGUGGGUAGGGGCGUACGUUGGUAUGUGUAGAGUGGGUAGGGGCGUACCUUGGUACGUGUAGAGUGGGUGGGGACGUACCUUGGUAUGUGUAGAGUGGGUAAGGACGUACGUUGGUACGUGUAGAGUGGGUGGGGGUGUACCUUGGUACGUGUAGAGUGGGUAGGGACGUACCUUGGUACGUGUAGAGUGGGUAGGGACGUACCUUGGUACGUGUAGAGUGGGUAGGGACGUACCUUGGUAUGUGUAGAGUGAGUGGGGACGUACCUUGGUAUGUGUAGAGUGGGUGGGGGCAUACCUUGGUAUGUGUAGAGUGGGUAGGGACGUACCUUGGUAUGUGUAGAGUGGGUGGGGGUGUAACUUAGUAUGUGUAGAGUGGGUGGGGGCGUACCUUGGUAUGUGUAGAGUUGGUGGGGGCGUACCUUGGUAUGUGUAGAGUGGGUGGGGGCGUACAACGACAUGUGUUGCCUUGAACAGGUGUAAAACGUUCUGUAACUGUAUCCAGAACACCAACAUUAAGAGGGCACGUUGAAAAAUAAAAACCCUUCACACUAUACACCUCAAUGAAAGGGUUUUUAAUGAAUCUUUCUUUAAUGAAAUACACAACAUAUAUUGAGAGCUUUAAUCCACUUUGUUACGUAUGUCUUAUGUUAUAUCGUAUGUCUUUGUUACACGGUAUCUCUUUUGUUCCAUUAUAGGUUUUAUUAUUUUGGGAUUUUUUGUUUUCUUCAGGAUAUAUUUUUCUUUGGCAUUUGAUUUUGAAUACCAGGCCUCGAUUUUUUAAAAGAAACUUAAGUCGAAACUUGGACUUAAGUCUGAGAUUUUCCUCAAAUUUUGACUCUACUCAAAUAAACGAAAACUCGAACUUAAGUUUGAGAUUUUUUCGAGAAAUCCAAGCCACGGUAAUUCAUAAAAGCUCUGCACAUUUCCAUUAGGAUCCUUCGUGUGGAUUUGCAUAUGCAUGCAUCUUCACUAUAUUGAGGGUGUUUCUACAUUGAUUUUGUUGUAUAUAAAUAUCUAGAAGUAAAGAAUACCCUUUCUCUUGAAGAAAUGUUUUGUGAUAUCGUUUUUGAAAUGGUUUCUAUAAAUAGAAAAGUACUGUUUAUCAAACCUUGUACAUACAAUAUAUAAACAGGUAUCUUGUAUAUAAAUCUCUAUUGGGAUGUUCGAAUUUAUAGUGUUAGGUGCACACAUGAAUUUCAUUGGUGCAAAAUCAUUAAUAUAUUUCGUCGGCUUGUUGGCUUCAAUAGAUGUGAUAACUGCAUAACUAAACAUAUAAUUUCAAGAUCUUUGGGAUCUUGUGCUUCCUGUACCCACAAUACAUGAUUCUUUUUGCAUGUUUUUGUAUAUGCCCAUCUUAACACGUAAUAUGUUACAGCGAUGUCUGUAUCUCUGUCUGUUUUGGGUUUUCUGUUUUUAUUGUCAUUUCUCUGUCGCAUAUUAAGCUCAAACUUAUGAUGAAACUUUUUGUAUGGGUCAUCCUAGAUGUGUUGCAGUUUUGAUCCAUUUUGACCUCAGUCUCUUUGAAAUUAAAGGUUAUAUGAUUUACACUGGUCUGUCCGUGCAACUCUACCCACAGUUUUCUAGUUAGGACCUCAUUGUUUGCUAAAGUUUUUUUUAUAUUUGUUUUGAAGAUGUGCAUAUGGUAAGGAUAUUGACUUUCGUGAAUUUUAUAGAAACCUACAGGUUUUUGGACUUGGUGAGUUAUAAAGCUAGAGCUGGGCCUUCGUAUAUAAUAUUUUUACAGAGUGGGAAAAGAAAGUCGUUGGCAGAGUUCUGCAACUGUGAGAUUUUUGUCAGAUUGCUACUAGUGUUCAAUAUCAUAGAAAACAAGAAUGUAAACCUGAAUAAAGACAUCCUACACGCACUUGU